GCAGCGUUUAUUCCGGUUGUCGCCGCAGUUGACGUAGCGUGUGUGCUAAUAACAGCUGUGCAUUUAGCUUUAGCCUAAUUUGCGUGUGCUAAAAAAGCCGCUUUAGCCUGACGUCUGUGCGCUCUUUUACGGCUGAUGUGUCCGCACCCUGCGGGCGAGGGACGUGCCAAAGGCGCUUUGUGAGGGACUGUGGCGCCCAUAGAGUCCGCAGCUGCAAGGCGGGUGGCGCUAACUUGUUGAUUUUUAACUGCAGAGCACAAGCAAAGUUGUUCACUCCUUGCCAGGCUGCAGCCUUUCAGAUUCGUUCAGUGUUUUAAUUGAGUUUAUAGUUCUUAGCUAUGAGUGUUUUUCCAUCUGCGGUCCCCUGGUUAAAGACAUCAACAUGCCCCAUGCACCAUGGUUGCCAUGGUGAUAUGAAGCCAACACGAUACGGCGACUUGUCCGCGCCCGGCCGCACCGAGGGUCAUUGAGUGACGGACACGCGCACACACCGGCCGGCCAUCUUGGCGGGCGGGCCGGUGUGAUGGACCGGUGCAAGCACGUGGGGCGGCUGCGGCUCGCCCCGGACCACUCCAUCCUCAACCCGCAGAAGUGGCACUGUGUGGACUGCAACACCACCGAGUCCAUCUGGGCCUGCCUGGGCUGCGCCCACGUGGCGUGCGGGCGCUACAUCGAGGAGCACGCCUUGCAGCACUUCAAGCAGCAGCGCCACCCGCUCGCCAUGGAGGUGAACGAACUCUACGUCUUUUGCUACUUGUGCGACGACUACGUCCUCAACGACAACACCACGGGCGACCUCAAGCUGCUGCGUAGCACCCUCAGCGCCAUCCAGAGCCAGCGCUACGAGGUCACCACUCGUAGCGGGCGCAUCCUCCGCUCCACCAGCGCCGCGCCCGACGCCCCGAUGCCCUGCGGCGCUCAGGAGCUGCAGCUCAGGGAUGAAGACCGCAUGUUUACUGCCCUCUGGCACCGGCGCCGGGCCCUCAUGGGGCGUGUAUUCCGCUUCUGGUUUGGCCUGACUGACUGUGGGAAAACGAGGCAGGAGGAGGAGAGGCUGCGAGAGGAGGAGGAGGAGCAGAAAAGGGCAGCGAGGGAGAGGAGGCGGGCCCUUAAAAGGCAGCUACAGGAGGAGCUGGAGAACGCCCCUCAGAGGAAGAGUCGCCGCUUGCGUCGAAGGACUCAGAGAGUUCCCGAUGUUGCGGUGAAGAAGCUGCAGUCACGCCCCACGCCCAAAAAGACUAAAGCGUCUGCACCCUCGCCUCCCGCCCGCAGGCCAAGUCGUCGAACGCCCGCUACUCCCGCCCCCAAGAAAAGUGUGAAAAAGAUCCAAUCGUCAGCCAAGCCCAAGAAUUGCUCUUCUUCCAGCACCAGCUCUAAGCGCAAGUCUUUACCCGCAACCCCCCGCCGAAAGCAGAGCAACAAACAGGGCGGCUCACCCUUCAAACGGCACCCCACGGUCACGCCCGGCGUGACGGGUCUGAGGAACCUGGGCAACACGUGUUACAUGAACUCCAUCCUGCAAGUGCUGAGCCACCUGCACGUCUUCAGGGAGUGUUUCCUGCGCCUGGACCUCACCCAGGCUCUGGAGCUGCUGGCCUCCGCUGUCCACGGCCAGUUGACGGGCAAAACCUUGCCCCUAGCCCACAGAAAGGGAUACCACACCAGCUCGGGGUCAGGGCUCAGCGGGGGGGCCUCACGGGGCCGCAGCAUGGAGCUGAUCCAACCCAAAGAGCCCAGCUCCAAGCACAUCUCCCUCUGCCACGAGCUGCACACGCUGUUCCAGGUCAUGUGGUCCGGCAAGUGGGCGCUGGUGUCGCCCUUCGCCAUGCUGCACUCCGUGUGGCAGCUCAUCCCCGCCUUCCGGGGCUACGCCCAGCAGGACGCUCAGGAGUUUCUGUGCGAGCUCCUGGACAAGGUGCAGCAGGAGCUGGAGAGCACGGGCAAGCACACGCCCACCACCGACGUCCCCCACACGCAAAAACGGCUCAUCAAGCAGGUGCUCAGCGUGGUCAACACCAUCUUUCACGGACAGCUGCUCAGCCAGGUCACAUGUCUGGCCUGCGACCAUCGCUCCAACACGGUGGAGCCUUUCUGGGAUCUGUCCCUGGAGUUCCCCGAGCGCUACCAUAGCAACAGCCGGGAGUCGGCCGCACAGGCGUCCUGUCACCUGACAGAAAUGUUGGCCAAGUUCACUGAGACUGAAGCGCUGGAGGGAAACAUCUACGCCUGCGACCAAUGCAACGCUGCACGUAGACGCUCGUCGUCCAAAGCGGUCCUCCUCACUGAAGCACAAAAACGGCUGAUGGUCCACAAGCUGCCUCAGGUGCUGCGGCUGCACCUCAAACGCUUCAGGUGGUCUGGGCGGAACCACCGGGAGAAGAUCGGAGUCCACGUCAUUUUCGACCAGCUUCUCGACAUGGAGCUGUACUCCUGCACAGAGCCCGCCCCGAAAGGAGUCAGCCCGCAGAGCCCCACGGCAGGCUCGCCGAACGCCAAGCACUUACUGUACGAGCUCUCCGCCGUGGUAAUGCAUCAUGGGAAAGGCUUCGGAUCGGGUCACUACACAGCGUACUGCUACAACAGCGCCGGAGGCUUCUGGGUUCACUGCAACGACUCCAAGAUGAACGUGUGUUCUGUGGACGAGGUGUGCCGGGCCCAGGCCUACAUCCUCUUCUACACCCGCAGGGUUACUCAGGUCAAAGACCGGCCGCUGUGACUUGUUGUAUAUUUUUAUGUGACAAAAGUUGUAUUUUAAAGAGAUGAGUAGCAGUACGACCAGGUCCAGUCCUGCUCAGAGACUUUGUACGCAGGCCAGCAUUCACUUCCUGUCAGGACAAAAACCUCAACCCCUGCCUUUUGGAUUCAUGACGCUCGCAGGUGUAAGUGCCCUUUUCCACCCAGAUCAUCUAUUUUUAUACCGGACGAAUGUUUCUUACCACUCAAAGGCCGUUUUGGCAACUUUGAUACCACCUGUAGCUUUUUCUUCUCCCGCCACGCAGGUGAUGGUGUAUUGAAAUUAUGAAAUUAGACGCACGUCUGAGUGAAAUUUACCUUCAUACUGGAGGAUCUUGUACAAAAAUACUCGACCGGGUUUCCUUUUGAGGGGAAGUCAAAGCACAAUAAUCCAUCAGUUUCUACUCCAGAGAUGUAUCACCUUCUAUGCAAAUUGUUACCUCAUUUUUUCUAGAACAUGACCUCAAUAAAUGAGAAUAUUUUUCCAUUUUUCUACAAAACCUGCCUUGUCACUG